AUGGCCGACAUCGACCAAACCUCCCUCGCCGCCUCCUCCAUCGAGCGCCGCGACUCCCUCGAGAAGCAUCUCCAGCACCGUCCUGACCCUGAGGAUCUGCGCAACAGACAUAUCCUUGUUGAUACGAAUAUGGCUCCAUCUUCGGCAACGGCCUUCCCAAGUACCCUGGAACGUCGACAUACCUCGGAUAGUUUGCAGAGACAUCUUGAACAGAGGCCUGAGAGAGAAGAGUUGGUUGAGCGAAAUAUCCUCCCUUCUGUAAACGCAGCUCCAGCCCUCCAGGCUCAAGCACGCGAAUUGGAAAAACACAUGCGUGCGGACACUCUCGAGCAAAAGAUCCAGAAUCGGCCGCAGCCGGAGAUGCUUAUUGCGCAGGGGAUUCUGGACGAGAGUGAGGAUCCUAGGAGUCCUACCUAUUAA